AUGUCACUGAAUCGCCGCCGACCGCCACCUCGGGAACCCAAUGACGAGGAAAAGAAUGUAAUCGUGGCUGUGCGACACUGUGCUCGUGAAUUGGAUGAUAUGCUUCAGGGUGCGAGACGAAAGGCCCAGGUUGACGCGAAACUAUUCGCAGCGAAGACCGCUCCCUCACUUUUUCGAGCCGUGGAAUUCUACACCGAUAUGUAUGCGAAAUUGAGGAUGAAGUCUCGCAUGGCUCUCACACGACUCUUCCAGCGAUCUCGCGACCUUGAUGAGAUGGUCGAUGCUCAGGAGGCCAUCGACGAAACAGAAGAGUGUUGGAAAGGCUUCCUGGUUAAUCUUGACACUGAUAUGAAAAGUACUACUUCUCAGCGCCCAUUGUCCUCUUCCGUAAAAGGGGUUGGUGAUUAUAUAGAGCUUCUGGAUCCGCGUUUAAUCGAUUGCAGCAAUUUUGAGGAGUGCAGCCUGCAUCAAGCCCUUUCCAGGUUUACAAGUUCGCUUUUAAUAUUUCAUCCGGCUUAUUUGCCAGAUGUUGCUGUGCGGAGCAGAUCUUCGGAAAUCUCCAAGGUUGCGGCAGAUUUUUAUCAGUUGAACGUCGGUUUCGUUGUUAUAACGUGGGGUCCUGAGUCUGCGGUGCGAGUGUGGAGCAAGCAUUUGCUGAAGCAUCUCAAGUGGCCUGUGCUGUGGGAUCGUGACAAUUUCUUCACUUCUUUCCUUUCUUUCAAACGAGGUUGUGCAUCUCUAUGGGCUUCCCAAAUGCUUGACUUUUGUGCUUACCAAAGUACCACCUACAAGCGCUCCGUUCAGCCUCUGCCAACCGACAUUGAUUGGAGCACCUGGAACUGGGUAGGUGGUGAAGUUGUGAUCGCGUCCCCCGCCGUCAGCCGUAUGCUUUACAAACGAGAGUUAGACGCGCGCUCACAGCAUGCCUCCGAAGAGAAGUCAGACUUAUCCUUUUUGCCAAAACUUCCUGAUACGGGAUCAAGUUCCCGGAUUUGCUUCAUUCAUCGCGCUGAUAACUUAGCUGAUAUGGCGCCUCCAGGUAGCAUUUACCAGGCUUCCUUGGUCUGCUAUGCAAUUUCACAAAAUAAGAGCGAAUCUGAGGUGGUAGAGGAGAUUCGCACUCACCGACGCCUGGCCACACCACCGGAGUCGGGUCGGCUGCAGUACGAAGAUGCGACGGGCCUUUACUACGAUCCUGAGACGGAGUUACACUAUGACUCGCGUACGGGCUACUUUUAUGAUGCUGCACGGCGUACCUACUAUUACUGGUCGGCGGAGUCGCACCGCUACGUCCCGGCAAAUGAAUUGGUUCGCGUACAGCAAGCGGAGGCUCAUAGACUGCGACUGGAGGCAGCGCAACAAGCGGCACUCCGUGCAGUACGUGAGCAGGAAGCGGCGCGGGCUGCAGGCGCGCGAGUGGCCGCCCAACUGGCCGCGCUGCGUGCCGAGAAAGACGAGUACGCUAGCUAUGCUUACGCUACUUGCCUUUUUGAACCUGCUGACGAUCCCAUCGCUGCUGUGCACUCCUCCUCCAGUGCUAACAUCCAAGAGUCUCUACGUCUUCUCGGCGGUGGCACAGCAAGCAACAGCGUCUCUGUUGCUGCCACUGGGGCCCCAUCGACAAUCCACGAUAACUCUCCCUACCCGCCCGGCUGUCCUCCACCCCCUGGCGUCUGA